AUGACGGCCACCAGCCUGGUGAUGCAAAACCGCCGGGGCAAUGCCUCUGCCAAACGCCCGCUCCGUCUACCCAUCAUCGCCCCCAAGGAGGAAGUCCUGGAGGGCAAGUCUGAGAAGAGCCUGAUCGCGCCGCCGCGCAUCCGUCUCCCGCCGCGCUCCCGCACCGGCUGCUGGACAUGUCGGCAAUGUACCCGACUCGGCCAUAUUUGCGACUACCGGCCGCGCCUGGCCUUUCGCGACGACACCCCGCGCAUCAUGGGCCGCAUGGCCGAUGUGAAGACGGAGGGCAAUGUGGUGUGGGAUCUCUCAUCGCCCGGGUCCAGUGAAGAUCGGACCGGAACCGAUUACUUCUCUCUCGGAACGGCCUUGCCCGCCUUCUCACAGCUGACCUCAGACGAGGAUCGUGAAAAGAAGGCGGAAGCCUCCAGCCCCGGCACAUACCAUGUCGUCGUGGUCCCGGACAGCUUCUCCUCACUGCCAGAAUAUUCCGACGAGGUGUCGGAGAAGUUCAAGUCCACCGUCACAGAAUCGGUGUACUCGGCGACGAGUAGCCCCAUCAGCGGGGUCAGAUCCGAGAGCAAUGCCGGCGAUGACCCCAAUGUAGUGAUCCUAAAGACCUUUGAGGACGUCACCCGGCGCUCCUCCUCCACCGGCCGGAUCUCCCGUGUGUCCCCCACGUCGGAGAUUUCCGACCCCUUCUGCUCCCUCUCUCUAUCUCCCAUCCUGGAUUCGCUCCCCUCUCCAGUCAUCGUCGAAGAUGAUGCCUUGUCCUUCUUCGAUUCGCGCUUGGAUCACCAGGCGCAGCCGACUCAGGAUGCGACACUGUUUGCCCACUUCCGUCACGUUGUCUGGAAGCAGUUAUUUCCCCAUGACCGCGGGCUGGAAGACACGUACGGAUUUGAACGCAAUGGCAUGACGCUCAGUGUCGACUUCCUUGAGCGAGAAGCGUCUCAUUUCCCUCCGCUCUCCCAUGCCAUUAUGGCCGUCUCCGCUCUGAGUCUAUCGCAUAGCGGGACUGGGCAGAAUGUCGGUGCGCUGCAGUAUUACCAGCAGGCUUUCCCAUCCCUCCAGAGUAGCCUCCGUAACAACGACGAUCUCGUCUCGGAUGGACUUUUCCUGACCCACUUCUUGCUGCUGAUCUACGAGGUCGCCGCGGCCGAGCCCCACGGCUCCAACCUCUGGUCCCACCAUAUCACUCGGUUACUUCAUAUCUCCCUUCUCCGCCGGUCCCGGUUUGGCCGCGAACCGCAUCCCUUUAUUCUCUGGUGGAUCUGCCACAUCGACCUCUACGCUCUGCUCAGCGGCGCCGGGAACGGCGACUUCGUGCGGGCCAUCAUGGAUAACCAGAUGCUCCCCGGCUCGGACUGCCUCCUCUACCCCUCAAUGACGGAGGGUUACAGCAUGAUCUAUGCCGAUGAGCACGAUAGCUUACCCGCCAUUAUGCGCCUCUAUGCAGAGACAUUUUCCCUCGCGACACAGAUUGGGUUUCUGGGUUGCCAGCUUCGUCAAGAGAAGCAGACCCUUCCCUUUGCCGACUUCAAUCAGCGAUCCAAGGAGAUCGGUGAUUUGCGGCAGGCUUUGACUCGCCUGUGGGAGGCGUCGGAUGUGGCCUGGUGGAAUCAGCACCAGGAUAGCCUUCCACGGCGGUCACGGGAGAUUUUGCAGCAGUCGGCAACUCUGUUCCAUGUGAGCCAGCUGUUCUCCUAUAGCAGCAUGUGGCCCCGCCAGCGCCUUGAGUCGGAGUUCACCCCCGACGGCGAAAUCGACCACCAUGCGGCGGAGAUCCUGCGCAUCGCCGAGCAGACGACGCACACUCGUCGAGCCGACCGGCACUUUUUGGUGUUCCCGCUCUUCCUGGCCGGCGCCACCGCGUCGGCCAGCGGGCUCAAGAUGAUGGCCAUGGAAUUGAUGACUGGGAUGGAAGACGAGGAAGACGGGAUGGGUCGCAAUGCUGCGACCACCCGGGCUAUCCUGCAGACCGUCUACGAGAAACAGCUGGAGCGCCUGAUGCGCGUUGGCCAUACACUCGAUGUGGACUGGGCCGACCUGAUGGCCCAAGAAGGGCUGCAGAUGGUCAAUUUUGGAUUCUAG